CUCCGCAGGGUCACUGUGAGGGAGGAAAGGCAGCGGGGUCACGCAUCAUACGCGCCUUAUUUCCCCGCAGCGCCUCGCCGAUGGUGCGCACCGAGCGCCGAAGACAUGACCGAGGAGAUACAGAGCCUGCUCGAUCUGGAGUUACCGUGAAGUCGAGCUGGAAAUGAACUCUGGAGGCGCACGUCGGUCUCAGAAGAGCGUUCGUGGUCAGAGUCGGUCCUCCGGUAACAUCCACCGCGCGAGAAGUUUGACCGGAGCUGGCUGAAGGGAGGCUCCAACCUGCGUUACACAUCUGUGCGUGUGUGUGUGUGUCUGCGUGUGUGUGUGCGUGCGUGCGUGCGUGUGUGUGUGGCUCCAGCGAUCGGACGACCGUUUGCCUCACCGGACGCUGAGGGUUGCAUGCAUUAGUGCCAAGGAAUUGCAUUACGUGGGAGACUUCUGCUAAGGAGACACAGAGGCAUUUCUGGAGGAUGGCAGCCGAGCAGGGACGCACACAGCGGAACGGACGCAGUGACGCCGCGGCCAACGAGCCACGCUCCUCUCCCUGCACCAGCCUGAAGAUGUUUCUGGUGGCUUUGUCCUUUGCCUAUUUUGCAAAGGCUCUUUCAGGGAGCUACAUGAAGAGCACAAUAACGCAGCUGGAGAGGCGCUUUGACAUCCCCAGUUACCUAAUAGGUGUCAUUGACGGGAGCUUCGAGAUAGGUAACCUGUUGGUGAUUGCUUUCGUCAGUUACUUUGGGGCCAAGCUCCACCGGCCAAAGAUCAUCGCAGUGGGCUGUGUGCUGAUGUCCAUUGGCACCUUCAUCAUCGCUCUGCCUCACUUCAUCAUCGGACGCUAUGAAUUUGAAACAUCAGUGCGGUGGGUAGUGAACUCAACACUAAACCCCUCUCCGUGUGCGAUGGGCUCACCAGCAGAUCUGAGCCAAGGUGGUAAACUGCCUGCAGUGCCCCCCACGGGUUGUGAAGGAGAGUCCAACUUGUCAAUGUGGAUCUAUGUGCUCCUGGGAAAUGUCUUGCGGGGGAUCGGAGAGACGCCUGUACAGCCACUCGGGAUCUCUUAUAUAGAUGAUUUUGCUACUGAGGAGAACGCUGCGCUCUAUGUUGGAUGUGUGCAGACCAUCUCAGUUGUUGGCCCCGUGUUUGGCUACCUACUCGGCUCCCUUUGCGCUAAAAUCUAUGUGGACAUUGGAUUUGUAAAGAUGGAAACUAUCACCAUCACCCCAGCAGAUGCCCGCUGGGUGGGGGCCUGGUGGCUGGGCUACCUCAUAGCCGGGGUCAUCACCCUCCUGUCUGCCAUCCCGUUCUGGUUUCUGCCCCGUUCCCUGCCCAUGUCUGGGCCCCGGGGCCCAGAGAAGUGCACGCCGGAGCAGACAAGUUUCAUUAAAGACUCUCCUCUUCUGAAGCACAAGUAUCCUGCAGACGACAAUGUGACUUUCAUAGAGAUGGCCAAAGACUUUUUUCCAACCCUGCGGACUCUGCUGGGACACCCAGUGUACUUGAUCUACCUGUGUGUGACAAUCAUCCAGCUGAAUUCACUCAUCGGCAUGGUCACCUACAAGCCCAAGUACAUCGAGCAGCACUUCAGGCAGUCUGCCUCAAAGGCCAACUUUCUAAUGGGUGUGAUCAACAUCCCAGCUGUAGCACUGGGGAUGUUUUCUGGAGGUUUGCUCAUGAAGAGGCUGAAGCUGAACAUCAUGGGAGCAGCCAGGUUUGCCUUUGGCACGUCUCUGAUCGGUUACUUCCUGUCACUGUUCUUCUUCGCGAUGAGCUGCCAGAACGCCAAGGUAGCCGGGGUGACGCUUUCAUACAACAGUGUGGACGCGGUGUCUUAUGAUCAACACUCACUGUUCACAGCCUGCAACUCGGACUGUUUCUGUUCAGCGAGCGACUGGGACCCCGUCUGUGGAGAGAACGACGUCACGUACGUUUCUCCCUGUCUCGCCGGCUGCACCGGCUCCACUGGCUCAGGAAAAAACACAGUCUUCUCUAACUGUAGCUGUGUCGGUGUGGCCGGUAACUUUACGGCCAGUACAGGUCAGUGCCCUCACACGGACGACUGUGACAGGAUGUUCCCGUACUUCCUGGCUCUCUCUGUCAUCACUUCCUUUAUCAUCUCCCUCGGGGGGACACCGGGCUACAUGUUUCUCAUCAGAUGCAUCAAACCGCAGCUGAAAUCUUUGGCCUUGGGUUUCCAUGCUCUAGCAACACGUACACUUGCAGGGAUCCCUGCACCCAUCUACUUUGGAGCAAUCAUUGACACAACGUGUCUAAAAUGGGGUCAGAAGAGGUGUGGAGGCAUUGGAGCCUGUCGCAUCUACAACACCACUGCAUACAGGAUAGCAUACCUGGGUCUGACUCUGAGCCUGCGGACUAUCUCCUUCAUCAUUUGCAUCCCGGGCUUCAUUCUGCUCAGUCGACAGCUAAAGUCGGAGGAAAAAAACGGCAUCCACGGUGCUCUGGCCAACGGCGGCACGGAACUAGAGGCACUCAGGAAGGAAGAGUUUGUGAACUCUGACCAGUCACAACAAACCUCAGACAACAGCACAGACAGGGAGACACGGCUGUGACAGAUCCAGCAGAACCGAAACUCCUUGUCUCCCUCACACAAACACACACACACACACACACACGCUGAUGCACACAAACCACAGAUGAACAAAUACCAACCCACACACAGCCACACUGUGAACAGCGUGAUACUGUACAAACGCACACACACAAAUGAGAUUUGCAGGGAAUCACAUGUUGUAUCUGAUCAUCUCAUAAAAGCAUAAAUUCUAUAUUUGUACUACUGGACCUGUGAACGCUUUGUGAAUUUGACAGAAAUUUGAUAUAACUGAAAUAUUUCUUGAAUGUACAUGCUGUUUCUUUUCCUCAUAAAUAAAAUAUAACAAUAUUUCUGGUUUAAUGGUGGCACAAGAGAUCAGAUGGGAAAUGUGACUUGUACAGACUAUUAGAAAAAACAUUAUAAUCCUGAAAACCAGCACUCAUAAAGCUGCCGCUUUAGAUUUAUUUU